AACAAGAUGAAACACCAUUAAGGCAUUUACAUGUUACGUUGUUCAAAAAAUGCAUACAUGUAUAAAUAAAAUACAUGUGUAUUGUAUUUUAUUAACACAAUUAUGUAUACGUACUUAAAUGUCGUUGAUUUUGUACGCAUUUUUCUUUAAUAUUUCUUACCGGCAUACUUCGAGUUCUGUUAUAUGGUACUUGCAGUUCAAUUGAAAAAUACAGAUACAAUUAACAGUACUAAUCGGCAUUGAAUAACAAUAUUUAUGCCAUCCUACAGGUAAUAAGGCUAUGAUACGUUUUAUUAACAAAAUAGGUGGAUGAAUAAAAAUUAUUUUGUAAUAGUGCGAAAGCAACAAGAAAAUGACAGAAAAAAAGAAAACAUUACCUCCCAAUGUAUUAACUGCAGAAGAACUACUACACCACAAAGGUAUUAAGUACAAUGCUUGGGACGAAUAUGAAAAGUCAGUUAAAACUCUUCCAAAGACUGGAAGGAAACAAUUUGAACCAGAUAAUUCUUGGUUACAAAAUAUGCAAAUUGAAAAGGGUAUCAGAUCUCGGAAAAAUUUAAUAGCCGUAGAAAGAGUGGAUCGUAUUUCGCAAUUAGCCAGUGCCGAAUGGUUGCCACUGGAGAAAAAGGCUAAAGUAAAGAAAUUCUCUGGUCAAGAUUGGAGUAGUUUUGGUCUGGAAAAGAACGGUGCCUUCUAUUUAAUACCAGAAGAAGCAUUAUUUCUUUUAGAAGCUAACUGUUUGGAACUUACAUGGAAUGAUGUACCAUUAUCCAUUCAACAAGCUUAUGAACUUUUAAUUGAUAAUGUUGAGUGUUUAAUAGAGGAGUAUAGAGUUUAUAGCCAAUUAGUACGUUACGGCUAUCGCAUACAGCGCUUUGUUUACGAUUCAGAGAAAAACAUAAGAAGCGAUGAAAGUGUUAGUAUGAAACGUAAAGUGAUUGUAGAACCAGAAAAUGGCCUUUGGAUGACCGAUACUCAACAGCAAAUUAAAAGUUAUUCAGACACACAUAAUGGGAAAUAUAUUGGUUGUCAAGAAGAUACUGAUUUAGAUAGUGAUGAUUUUUGUGCCAAAACUUGUCAAGAUGUACCAGAUCGUGUUGAUAUAUUGGAAGAUGUAUAUAAAAUUGUAGAUGAUCUUCUUUGUACCAUAGAAAAUAUGGAAACUCAAAAUGCAAAUACAGAUUCUGAAGAUGACACAGUGGAUUGUAUAAAAUUUGAUACUAAUUUGCAGGGAGAGAAAGGUAAUCAAGAUAAAAGGAAACGAAAUUCUAAAGUGGAAAUUAUAUCGGAAGAAACCUUAUUAGGUACUAUUAAAAUUGUCACAGAUCCUAUGAAUGAUCAAACAAAAAAAAGUAAUUCAAUGGCAGAUUGGCGAUCGUCGCGUAUACAACGGAAUGUCAAGUUGUUACCCAAAAGAACUGACAAAGUAUCGUUAUCCAAUGAUAUUGCUAUACUUGAUUCUAAUACAAAAAGUUCUGAACAUAGAUUAAGUAAACAUAAAUCAUCCUCACCGCCUAAAAAGGAAUUGCAAAGCAAAAAGUCAAAACAUGAAGUCAUAGAACUUUCCGACGAUGAAAUUCAAGAAGUACCGCAGCUCAUGACGCGAAUGGGCAUAUUAAAUUUAAUUCCAAAUAUCGCGUCACAACCCACAAUUACAGUGAACAUUUCACGAGGUUACAUACCACAUAGUAUAAAACCCUAUAAAACUGUUUAUCAUUACGAAAAUGCACAAUUACGAAAUUUACAUCAAACAGAUAAAAGACUACGACAUGAUAAAAAUUUUAAAAAUUCAAAUAAUGUAAGUCAGAAUAUUCUUCAGUGCAAUAAUACAUCUGCGAACAAUACUACCAGAACAAAUACCAACGUUGCCACAUAUAAUCAGAAUUUAGCAACAAAUGUACAUAAUAUUUUUGCACAAAAUUACUUCUCAAUGGAACGUGGACACUAUACAAACUUUAACGCUAAUUACAUGUACAAUAAUAGAAUGCCAUUUGCGUUUGGCCAGAAUUCAUAUUGGCAUCAAAGAAAUACCACGUUUCAAAAUGUGUUUGUUGCUCUUGAAAAUCAUAGUGCAGCUAUUCACCAAAAUAGAUUUAUGUCAGUACAAAUGAACAAUUUCUCAGUACCAAAUGUGAGUAACAAUACGACGAGAAGCUAUUUUAGUCGAAACCAGUUGUACCAUAAUUUUCAUCAAAAUAGUUUAUCGUCACAGAAAUUUUAUCAACAUAGAAUUGUAGAAAAUACGUCAAUUCAUUGUAGUAUAGGUGGAAAUGUAUCAUACGCGGAACCCCGUCAAAAAUAUCAUCCACGAAACCAUUAUAGAAAUUCAAACACGUUAUCGAAUUAUAACGAUGAGGUUUAUCAAUCGUCAUUCAAGACACUGCCAGGAUUAACUUCGUGGUCAGAGUUAAAAACUAAAUGGCGCGAAGAAAAAACAAUCACUAUUGAUGAUGAAGAUAUACAAAAAGACACGAUCGAAGAUUGCGACGAAGUGGAAGUGGUUAGACAAUUACGGAGCCCGCUUGUUGGUCCAAAGAAUGUAAAUAAUCUGGAGGAGGUCUUUAGUAAACUUAGAAUAAUCAAGUCCGCGCCUGAGAAGACUGUAAGAAGGAAGAAAAGUAAAUACAAGAUAUCGUAUAACGUUUAUUCUAAUACACAAAUUUAUAGAAAAGCAAAACCUGGCCCUCCACUUUACCGAGUAGUUGUAAUAAGGCAAGAUGAUCCGUUUUUACAGCCAAUUGAAUUACACCGUUUAUUACAAGACGCGAACAAAUCGCCUAUAGUAUUGGCCUGUGUUUCAAUGUCAAUUUCUUACAUUCAACCAGGAUUUGUAUCUGUACCUAAUUUAACGUAA